AUGGAAUACGGAAAUAAGCGUGCUAGGAUAGACGCUGUUAAAGAUGUUGGGUUCGCUAUCCGCUACCACCGGCGCAGCGUGUCGAGGCUUCCCACAGAGUGGAAGAAGGCAUAUUCUACUCGUCUUAACCCGCCAUCUUCUAAUCACUUCAACCGUGAAAAGGUCAGGGCAGCUAAUCUAGAGGCUGGACCAUCUCGCGAGACUCACUUCAUCCCUAAGCACUUUGAACUCUCAGCCUCUGACCUUUCCAGUGAAAGCUCCCUCAUUGAAACCCCGCGUUCCUCAGAGCAGCUUUCCUCCUCUGUUUCCAAUUCCAAUUUAACUGACGGCACUUACUAUUCAAAGCGAAGGCGUUUACAAACGGAAGUAGAUACUUUUGAUUCGUAUCCCUCACAUCAAAGCCAUCAUCAAUUCACCGGUUGUGCCCCUGGACUUGAGGAAUUUUUUAAUCUUGAACACUCAAAGUACUCCAGAGGCCCCAUAUUCCAGGAUUUUGAACAAGAAGUUUCUGCACGCUCCAGUCUUGAGACGAUAUUACCCAGUGAAUUUUCCAAUCGCGGAAAAACGGGUUCCUGUAACAGCAAAAGGCUACGGGGGAAAGGGCAUGUCGGUGGUAGUUCAACGGAGGAUAUACUCAUUGAUCAAAACCAACAGGCAGACGUUGGGCCAUACUCAUCGACUGCACAACAGAAAGACGUUGAGAUGCCAGCUGAUCUAGGUGAACAGUCUCAGAAGACCUCUGCAGCAAAGGUUCUAACGCGCGGGUCGCGGAGUCAUGAAGACACUGAGGCACCCAGUGGAAGUGGUGGCGGCGGUUCCAGUUGGUUCCGAUCGUUUACGUGUUUUGCUAAUGCCGACGAAGAUGAACAAGUCGCGAUAGACCUUUCUGGCGGAUCAAAUCAAAUAAGUAAGCCCAGCCUACAUCCUUCAGUGUCUACUUCAUCCGGUCCUCCAGGCGAUUGUCUCUCCGACGCUCUCGUUUUCUCAAAUCCCAUUCCAUCAACAGCUCUGCACGACCUUCCGGGCUCCACCGCCUGUAGUGGUGGAAUCCUGCGAUGCGUUUCAUCCCUUUCUGCUUCAAUAUCAUCGUCAACCACGUCCAGACUGCGUUCACAUCGAGGUCCGCCCUCUAGUAGACACGACUUAAGCAAAAGAAGUAUCCCUGGCCCGAGUGGUUGCAGAUCGGCUGGCCGUGCCUCCCAGACCUCAAGCGGAAGUACUGUUUGCAUCCAACAUCAUCAUCACCAUCAUACGCAGACGUCGACACAACAGCAACAACCGCAGCAUCAGCAGCAACAAGGCUCGGGUAUCAACUAUCGCAUUUUGCAACUCAAGAUGGCUUUCGGGGAUGUAGCCUCACAGUUAGUUCUGCUUCAAGAAAUUAAUCAGGCCCUUCUAAUGGGUUCAGACGAAUCACUUGCGGGUCUCGCUGUACAUGAUCUUGUAUCGGCCAUUGUGGAUCUACUGGACUCUGAAAAGUCACUGGCUUCUCUACCAGACGAGGAGGUGGUUGAACUGAAGAACCUAAGUUGUAAUAUCCUUGCGCACCUCAUGGACGUGAUGCCCAAGGCUGCGGAUGCAGUAGUGAUGGCCGUGCCUCUUCUUCUCAACACGAUGUCCUGCAGCUUUGUCGGUGACAUUUUGGAGAGAAUUAUUAACGUUCUCGAACAGGUUUCUCGACGGAAUGGGCGACAGGUUUUGCUCUACGGUGGUGUCACUACGGUAAUGAGCUACUACGAUUUCGUGACGGUGGCGCAACAUCGGACGAUCCUCUCCAUGGUAGCUAAUUGUUUCGCCGAUGUGCGUUGUGACGACUUUUUCACUCACAUUGCCGGCUGUCUGCCGAGUCUGUGCGAGCGUCUGGCUUGUGAAGGUCCUGGCUCCUCCACUGAACCGCGUUGUGUUGAGCGUGUCUGUCUCUGCUUUGCUCGCCUCAUCGAGGCUUUCAAGGGCGAGCCAGCGAAACUGAGGGAGAUCGCCUCAUUUGGACUGUGCCGACAUCUUAAAUGCCUGAUGGCCGCCUCACCUCCAAUCGUUUCCAACAUGAAAGACAUUGCGUACAUGCUGGCAACGCUGUGCACUAACUGUCCCGAUCUCGCUGUUGAUAUUCUAACAAUGGGCUAUGCGGAGACUAUCUACACUCUACUGACAGAUCAAAAGCCUCAUGUUAUGGCUCUUCACUUACCGGGUCAAAAAACUCACGUUGUUGGACCAAGAUGUACCUCAAGUCGAACAAACAUUGCUCGAUGUUUGGAGAAUCGCGGAGUGGAGAAUGUCUAUGCCAUAAUUCACCUCAUAAGCGCAAUGCUUCCUCCUGUUAAAGACAAUGCCACCAUUCUCUGCCCUCCAACUGCUCCCUCACGUACGUCAACAAGUGCUAGCAAGACACCCGAUGUGCGAACAGUGCUGUUUCAACAGCAAUGCAAAACCUUUGAGGAUGUUAUGAGUCGUGGCAAGAAGAAGAGCAUUGUAGACGAUGGUGAAAAGUCUCGAGGAGAUGCUGAGGCUAAUGGCAGUUCUGGUAAAUCGAAUAACCUGGUGUUGGUAAGAACAGUGCAAUUGCUACUUCCCAUGCUUCUUGACCUCUACACCGAGCUGAAUAGCACUGCCCCAAGACUAAAAUGUGUUGAAGCCGUUCAGAGGAUCGUUUGCAACACUAGUCCUUUCGUGCUCUCCUUGAUGGUAUCGCCUCGUUCGGUGUCUGCUAUGGUCGCCGAUAUGCUUGGCAGCCCCGAAUUUGCUCUAAUCGCUGCUGGCUUGCAACUCGCCAACCUCUUUAUUACCCGCAUACCCCAAGUCUUUGGUGUUUACUUCCGCAAGGAGGGGGUUCUUUUUCACCUCCAUCGACUAUCCUCCCUAGCUUCUGAGAGUAAUAAAAAAGAGGCUGCUUCCGGCGUCGAAGAAUUCGAGUCGCCGUCAUCUUCAGAUGCAACUAAACCAGUACCCUUUAUGCCUUUGACAAACGCACCUCAAACCACUCCCACCGUUCCAUCGUCUCAGUGGAUAUCAGGAAUUUCAUCAGCCCUCUCCUCUGUCGCAACUGAUCAAAUAGGAUCUUCACGCAUUCGACUGCGAUCUCAAAGAAACAGUCACCGAUCAACGAUGGAAGACUCAUCAGGUCCUAAGUCGCCACAUUUUAUUUUCAAUCCUCGCUUCCCAGAUCCCAAUAUUUGUGAUAUGAAUGUGUUAGAGCCCUUGGCACAGGCAGCUCUAGAAUCCUCAAUUUCGUCGUCAUCUUCCUCCUCAUCCACACUCGAUGUAGAUCUGAAUGCAGACGCCAAUCAAUCUUCCCCCAGCGCAAAUGCUACCUCCAAUGCAGCUAAUAGCUGCCAUGACAGUAACCUCCGCGCCUGGAUUACAAAUCAGUGUCAAGAUCUUUACGAUCGCAUCCAAGCGCUCGUUGCAAAUCCGCCGAAGCUCGAAACUUUGGCGUCGAAGGCGUUGGCUGCGUCAGGGUCCGGAUCGGUGGGGAAUCGAAAGGCAACGCGUCGACACUCCUCGUCCCCUACCCUCCACAUCCCACAGGGAGUAAUGCCGCGUGAUCUCGUGCCCGAAUUGGAGGCCCUGAGUCAUCAACUCAUGGCUGCCGAUGAUCCGACUGCAUGGGUUACCGGUUUGACACGUCUUGCCAGUCUGCUGACUCAAACCAUCCUCUCGGAGGAUGAGGCACCUUCCCCCUUCGAGAUUCAACGAAGCGGUUUGCUGAACUCCCUCUAUCUCUUCCUAACUCAGUCCACUGAGAGGAGGCUGAGACUCUUCUUACUGUUGAGGGUUUUCGUGGGACCCCGAUACACAGAAAACAUAAAUUUAAAGAAAAUCGUUGAAAAAUCAAAGAUUUUGGCUCAGACUAAAGGCGCACUGCAAUCUCUGAAGCACCACAACAAUGAUCAGUCGGUACAUGAUCUGGCCUUCCCUAUGCUAAUCAACUGCCUUCUUGACUGCCUUCACCAGCAGGAGCAUUUUCAAGUUCUGACUGGCCCCACCUCUCUGGCCAGUGCAGAAGCUUGCGCAGAGGAGGCUCUGAUGUCGGUGGAUCAAGGUGGUGGCGCAGGAAACGAGCCCCAUAUGGGAGCGCGACAUAGACGCAGUGGCAUGGCAUCGAAUCGAAGGGGAGGUGUUGGAGGAGAUGGAGGCGGUCCUUCUCACUCUCCCUGUGACCAACCGCCCCUACGUCCAUUGCCUCGUCGUUGGCCCACCUUGGUGCCGGGUUUCCUCAAACUGGAGAUGAUCCGACAGCAAGAUGAGCCUCCUACCAGUACCGCUGUCGGUCCCUCCUCUUCGUCGUCAUCGUCGAGGAAAACGAUGGGAGAGAGUGAUUGUCCUGCAAAAGGCAGCUUCUGGGAGAACGCUCCUAUCUCUUUGCCCAUUCAUGCCAAUGCUCUCAUUACAAUUUCGAAUCUUCAACGUCUGUUGAUACAGCGAAGUUUCAUCGCUUCAAUAAUGUGUGGUCCCGAAGAUCAUCGUGAUUCUCAACCCAUGGGCGAAGAGAACGCUGUCUCACCUUUCACUCAUCCCACCUCUCAACAAACCGCUCAUCGACGUCGAUUCUACCGUCGCCACGAGCUGCCUGCAUCACCCAGUGAGGAAUUGACCUUAUUGAAGACUCGUUCUACUCACUACUCAUCCGCAUUUGAUGGCGCACGCCAUGCAAAGCCUCCCACGUCCUCGACUUCUGGCUCUCAACACUACGAGGCACUCAAUUUAUCUCUCGAACAUGAUGCUGUCACUGACAAGUCGUCAACUUCAAAGGCUAAAGAAGCAUCGCGUCCCAAGAGCAUGUCUCUUCUGGCGGCUUUUGGAAUGCUCCAAUUCGCUGGUUCCUCCACAUCACCUCCUUCAAUGGCAGCAAUAGCGGCAGGAACUCCUUCAUUUUCCUCUCUACCCCCUGUCCCUCCAGAUACUGUCUCCAACAUGCUGCAUUCCCAAGGCCGUCCCGGUGUGAGGAAAGAAUACUCCCACUCUCAACAUACGCAUCCACAUCAGCAUCAUCCCGCACCAACUCGUCAUCAACGUCAACACCAACAUCAGCACCAUCCACCAGCUCAUUCGGCUGUAGCUGCCUCCUGUGUGGUGGGUGACCUCAUUGAGAACGCUACGCUUGGUGGUGGAGCCACGCACGCUCUAGUGCCCGUAAUUUAUGUUGGUGGUACGCGUGUUCCGGAGCGAAUGCCUCUUUACCAAGCAAUUCGUGCGUUCUCUACGGAUGUAAAUGAACACAGUCGCCAACUCUUGGCUGACCAUCGCUUCUCCAUGACUGAACAAAACCGGGAAGACAGAAUAAACGCCUUUAUGUGGCGCCACAUUCACACGGUUCAUUAUCGUCUGGAGAAGGCUACUGUUCCUGGUCCAUCUUCAUUACCAUCCACCGCCUUUAUCGACUGUUCGACGGGUCUUUUAUCUCCUACCUCCCUCUUCUUAAGAGGUGUGACGUCAGGCAUUGCAGGAGGCGUUUUGGCUCCUUCUUCGGUAUCAACAGCCAGCACACCCUCACUCAAUGUCAAUUUGAGUACCACCGCCACCACUAGCAGUGUGAACCCCAAACACUCACCCACCUCAUCUCUCUCCGCAGCAAUCAGCUGUUUAAAACGACCACGGCGUCUCGACGAGUUGCCUAAUCCAUCCACCCAAUCAACAAGCAAGUCACCAUCCUCAAGACUUCUAACUUUUCUGGAGCCGCUUACGGACGCUCAUAUCUUUUCUAAUGGUUUCAUGGCUCCAACUCUGUUUCUUCUUCGAGCUCUCUAUGGGCUGAGCGAGGCUGGAAACACCCUGGAUGACUUAGUCGAGCCGUUCCCUAUCAUUCCUGCGGAUCACUUUCAAAGUCAAAAACUCUCCGCAAAGGCGUCUCGUCAGCUUCAGGACGUAUUCUCUGUGCUGGCAGGCAAUUUGCCCAGUUGGUUGGUGCAAACAAUUUCAACGUGUCCCUUCCUCUUUCCUUUCUCUGUUCGGCAGAAUUUCUUCUAUGUUCACAAUUUUGAUCGCGAUCGAACUAUUCUUCAUCUGCAAGAUUCCAUCUUGAAUGGAUCCACCGAUAAUGAAACGCCAGGUGGUGGAAGCGCUAACGGUGGUGGUGGUGGUGGUGGCGGCAGCGGUAGUGUGAGUGCAGGAAUAGGCGGCAUCGGUCAUUCCUCGUCACCUCUGCCACGUCUCCCCCAUUAUUACCAUUCCUUUGGCGCUCUUCGUCUUGGUGGCUUUGAUGGUAGUGGUAAUUCUACUACUGCCAUCCUUGAAGGUCUUCUUAUGGACUCAGCUUCUCAAGUUCAACGACAUAAGAUAACAGUUCAUCGUGAUCCCAAACGUCUGCUCCGUGCUGCGGAGUCGGCGUUGAAUGAGCUUCGCGAUUCGCGUUCCAUUCUUGAGAUUGCCUUUGAAGGGGAAGUAGGCUUUGGUCUCGGACCGACUCUGGAGUUCUACACCUUGGUUAGCCACCAGUUAAUGACCGCAGGCCUUAGUCUUUGGCAUGGGCACAACUACACCGAUGAGGGUUACAUCAUUGCACCCGCUCCUGGGCUCUAUCCUAGACCCUUGGCCAAAAAUUUGCGCUCAUCACAGUCGAGAGAAGUGCGUGCGAAAUUUUUCUUCCUGGGCCAAUUGAUGGCACGAUCGUUGUUAGACUGGCGCCAGUUGGAUCUCUCGUUGUCACCGACUCUCUUCAAGUGGUUCCUCUACACUCAAUCACCGGAAGAAGACUUGGUUCUCUGCAGUCCUCGUGUAGGUGUUACUGCAGCCGAUCUUGCGUUGGUAGACCCUCCUUUUGCCAAGCACUUCCACAGCCUCUUAAAAAUGAGUCGACGAAGGCAGGAACUCCUGGAAGGCAGCAAAACAGCAGUGAUAGCUGCCGAGGAGGAAGUUCGAGGUAUAGACACGGAAAUCGACGAUCUCUAUCUCUCAUUUGUCCUUCCUGGUUAUCAGAUUGAGCUGUGUCGAGGUGGAUCACAAAUGGUGGUCACUGGGAGCAACUUGGCUGAGUAUCUCCACCUUUGUGCAAACUGGUUCCUUGUGGAGGGAGUUCGACGCCAAAUCAUUGCACUUAUUGAAGGUUUUGACUCCGUCCUACCGGGCAUUCGAACUGGCAAAUUGGCUGCCCUCUUCCGCCCAGACGAGUGUGAGGGUCUCUUCUGUGGCUCGGGCGGUUUUGGGGGUCUGUAUCGCGAUCAGUUGGCUUUAUUGCGCACCUCCUUCCCUGUCUCUCCAAUCCCGUCGUUUGUUACGGCCUCAAAUUCUGCCUCUCCUUCCUCUUCAGCAGCUAGUGUGGGCUGGGAUGUUGAUACUCUCAUGAAAUCCUGUCUUUGUGAUCACGGCUACACUCUACAGUCAAAGGCAAUUCAAUAUCUCUUUGAGAUUAUGUCGGAAUUUGAUGAGCCGCGUCGACGUCUCUUCAUUCAGUUCGCCACUGGUAGUCCACGUCUGCCCAUUGGAGGAUUUCGUGCAUUGAAGCCACCGUUGAAGAUCGUGAUGAAACGGGAGGCUGAGGAUUGCGCUGAUCAGCAUUUGCCCUCCGUGAUGACUUGUCAAAAUUACUUAAAGUUACCAAACUACUCAACGAAGGAGAUUAUGCGGGAGAAGUUGCUCUACGCUAUCUACGAGGGCCAGCACGCUUUUCAUCUCUCCUAA